GCCAUUCCCGUAGCCUAGACUCCUACUCUAUGCCCGCUGUCAUUAUGAUAAGAUUACAUCAUUGUAGAAGGAGAAACUCGGUUAAUCAGAUUAUAGUAUGCUUUAAAGUAGAGCACGUGUAUGUGUGUGGUAUGUGUAGAAGACCGGAAUGGCUCCUGGGACAGCAAAAAAGCAAGACUGAUGCAUAUCAAAUAAGCCACGCAACCUGGAGGAAAGAUUCUUAAGAGCUUCUGCAAAAACAGUAUUCCUUUCUCCAUUUCUAAGCACUCCUCCUUAUUGAUAUACAGUAUUCACGGUCAUCCAUGAAGUCCUUCAAGAUUGCUGGGCGUUUUUGCACAGAGUCACUGAUUAUAUCUGUGUGGUAUAUCGAAGGAUUCAGCUCAGCAAGGAAAGGUUUACUUUUCAAAUGGAAAGGAAUUGGACACAUCUAAAUGGUAAAGUGGAGUACCUGGUGAAAUGGAAAGGAUGGCCCCCCAAAUACAGCACAUGGGAACCAGAGGAUCACAUUCUUGACCCACGCCUAGUCAUGGCUUACGAAGAAAAGGAAGAAAGAGAGCGUGCCUCAGGUUAUAGGAAGAGAGGCCCUAAACCGAAACGACUAUUGCUGCAGAGGCUAUAUAGCAUGGACCUCAGGAGUGCGCACAAAGGGAAAGAGAAACUCUGCUUCUCUCUGUCACGAAGGUUUGGCGGAGGAGGAAACAACCUGUCAGGGACCAAGGGAGGGCAGACGGAUUUGCCUGAGAAGAGUGGGGGAGCAGUGUUGCCCUUCCCUCUUCGGAAGCAGAGCAAGAACCAGAAGUACCUGCGCCUUUCACGGAAGAAGUUCACCCGCAUGUCAAGCCUAGAGAGUCGGAACCGUCGCCGGGAGUUCUUCCUGAAGGAGCCAGUGGCACUGGAGGAGAGGCAGACUCCCAGUGACUGGGAUGAAGCCACGCAGCCUGCCAGCAAAGAGGUGGGCCAAGAGAUGGCAGAAGGCAGCCUUGCUUGGAGCCCCGCCCUGCCCCCAAAUGAAGUGACAGUGACGGACAUCACAGCAAACUCCAUUACCGUGACUUUCAGAGAAGCACAAAUGGCAGAGGGCUUCUUCAGAGACCGGAGCAUCCAAUCCUGAAUCUCCAUUUUUAUUUAAGGGUUUUCUCUUUCUUUCUCUUUCCUUCUUUCUUUUUCUUUCUUUCUUUCUUU